AUGGAUGAUGAAAAAAAAAAGAAAAAAGGAAACAAAUUAGAUUUAAAUUUGUUACCUUCCUCAAUGAAAGAACGUUAUGCUGCUAUGGGAAUAUUACCUAAACCAUAAAUACCAAAAGCUAACGUAUAAGUUGAUGUUUAAAGAAUGAAACAGAAAAAGAUUGAAAAAGAAUAACCAAUCGAACAAAAAUUGGAAGGGAUAGAAAUUAAAGCAAGUGAAAAAAAAUAGUUAGAAAAGUAAACUUAAUUUCUAACAUUAGAGUAUUUUAAAUGCUUAAAAAAAAAGAUGUAGAUUAUUUCGAUGCAAAAGAUAUUGAUAAAAUGCUUCGAUUUUUAGGGGUUUCUCUUACGAAAUCUGAAAUAGAUCUUAUGUUGUGGGUAAACUAAAUAAUUUAUUCUAAAUAUAGGAAGUUGAUGAAAAUCUUGAUGGGAAAGUAAGUUGGACUGAAUUUUUGAAUAUGUACAAAAAAUGCACUAUUGAUAAAACAGGCUUAGAGCCUAAGAGUUUGUUUCAUAUGAUUUAAUUUUUAAUGUAUUUACCUCCAGAUAGAAAAGACCCAAAAGUAACAGUUGAAGUAUAAAAAUAAAUUUACAAAACAAUAGGAUACUUUGGAACUAUUAUAUGUUAGAUUUGGAAGAUAAAGUUUAGAUUCAGAAAUUCAUGCCAUUUUUGGUGAUGAGGAGAAAAAUAAAGAUGGUGAGGAAAAGGCAAUUUCGUUUAGUGAAUAUAUGGAAAAAAUUAAUGAAAGAGCAAUCUAAUAAAGAAAGCUCAGAAAAGAAGAAUAAAAGCAACAAUUCUAAUACUUCAAAAAAGAAAAGCAAAUUGAAUGA